AUGGUGUUCAAAACAGUUUGGCAAUGGAUUUCCAGUCAGAAUUCUUCAAAUUCAAUGAAUAAGAAUAUUGCUAUCAGACACUAUCAGGAAAAUCUUCUUGCACCGAUGAAAAGUCUGACUUAUACAGAAAUGAUGAAACUUGCCGAUGAAAUAUGUAAACAAAUCUUGAAUUUAAAUAUUCACGAGCAACUGAUUGUUCUCGAUAGGGAAGAGACAUAUUUAACAAUUCCAUUGCUCCUAGGAAUUCUUCAGUCGAGGAACGCAUUUUUCAUUUGUAAUUCUAAUUGGCCUGAAAAUAUGUUGCGAAACGUUCUCCUGCAAUUGAAUCCAUCACUAUUUAUUUAUCAACGUCAGAACGAAAAUAGCAUUUACCAGCAGAUAUUUCAUCAUGCUACACUGUCAAAUCGGAUUUUCCUUGAUGAAACAAUUAACUUCGUUCAGAAUUUCAACACGAUUUCCUAUCCGGACAUCGCCUAUGUUGUUGCUUCAUCAGGCUCAACGGGUAUUCCGAAAUUAAUCUAUGUAUCGCAUCAGUGUAUCUUGCCAAACUUAAUUCAAUUAAGAUCGGUAUUCGACGUGACGAAAGAUGAUUGUUUAUUUCGUUCAACACCGUUGACAUUUGAUCCGUCGUUUAUUGAUAUAUUUCUCGCUGUACAUUCCGGCGCAUGUCUUUGUACAUUUUCCGCGGAUAUUCGUCGGAAUCCAAAGAUGAUUUCCUCAGUAUUCGAUCAAAGUCAAUGCACAAUCGCACAAAUGACGCCGAGUUUUUUUCGUCAAAUCGCUCCACAUUGCAAUAUUUUACAGUUGAAAACCUUAGUCCUCGGCGGUGAACCUUUUUCUUUCCGAGAAAAUUCAAUCAUUCAUCAAAUGGUUCAACUCAACAAACGUGUGAUCAACAUCUACGGUUUAACUGAGAUGUCAUGCUGGGCAUCCUAUCAUCUACUGAAUAGAACUGAUCUUCAACGCGAUCAAAUUCCAUUAGGCAAACCAUUGGAUGAGACAGCGUUACUCCUCCAACCGUAUCUCGAUGAUCCAACACGAACUGAUUGUUAUCAAAUAGUAUUAGAAAGUCAAACCCGUUGGACACGAAUCGGAACGGAGCGGAAAUUCCGGUUCGAAACUGAUGACUUGAUUCGUUAUGAUUCAUCCAGCGAUGAAAUGUUUUACCUCGGAAGAAGAACAUUGACAGUGAAGCGGCUUGGUGUCAUGAUUAGUCUUGAAUCCAUUGAACAAGUUGCUCAUCAAUCAAAUCUGCUUGAUCAAUGUGCGUGUUUUAUGUUGAAUGAAAACUUCUUAGUUCUUCUUUGUAAAUUCAAAACGGAAGAACGAGUUGAUCAGCUCGAGAGAUUUCUGAAAAGUUGUUUAACGGAGCAUUUUCAACCGAAUCGAAUCGUUGUGAUUGAACAUGAUCUGCCGUUGAAUACGAAUGGGAAAAUUGAUCGAGAAAAAUUACAAUCAGUGUAUGAAAAUACUGUCGAAAAGACGAAAAAUAGUACCGUGGAGGAGAUUUGGCAGAAUCUUUUGAGAAAACUUCCGGAAAAUAAUGCGAGUUUCAUCUCGGAUGGUGGAAAUUCGUUGCUAGCAUUGACUUUUAUUGAACAAAUCAAACAAGUUUACUCGACAAUUGAUUCAGCUUAUCUGUUCGACCUUGUUCUCCAUAAAACAUUUGAAGAUGUAGCCAAAUACAUAGCCAACCCUCAAGAAGAGAAGAAAACCGAAUAUUUUUCUUCAUCUUUACCAAUCAAUGCAAUUCCACAGUCAAAUCUCAAUCAAAUUUGGUCAAUUCAACGCUGUUCAAAAGUUUUUCUACACGAUAAUCACCAUCCUAUGCAAUUCUAUUCAUCGUGUUUCGAACAAUCAUCAAUUUCUACUCAAUCAUUGAUCUUAUCUUGGAAAUGUUCGAUGAUGAAAUGUAUCGAUGCAUCUCCACUAAUAGUUUUACUUGACAAUCAACGAGAAUAUGUCAUUAUUGGAUCUCAUGCAGGUUUAAUUAAUGCUUAUCUAAUCAGCAAUGGCGAACUCCAAUGGUCAUUUCAAGCAAAUGAUCGAAUCGAAGCCAGUGCAACUCUUUCACGAAAUGGACUAUUUGUUCUUAUCGGUGAUUACAGCGGAUUAUUGUACGUAAUUCAUUGUUCGAAUGGUGAACUUUAUUCGACGUAUCAAUGUGAAGGAUUGAUCAAGACAAUACCUUGUAUCCAUUCGUUACUUGAUCUGGUAUAUGUCGGUGCGCAUGACCAAUAUCUUCACGCCAUUCAAAUUCAAGAAAAUUCAUCGAAAUGUAUGUGGAAAUUCGGCUUGAAGAGCAGUUGUGCUUCGUCUCCACAAUUAUCUGCAGAUAACACGCGACUUUAUGUUGCGACUCUAGCCGGAGAUGUGUUCGCUUUUCAAUCAAAUGAUGGAACUAUGUUAUGGAAACGUUCCUUGACCAAACCAAUCUUUUCAACAAUAGCCAUCUGGAAAGAAAGAUUCCUCUUAGUAGGAUGUGUUGACCAAAAGCUUUACUGCUUGACUUGUGAGACUGGUGAACAGAAAUGGACGUUUGAAACGAAUGGUCCAAUCUUUUCCUCUCCAUGUCUAUUCGGUGAUAAACUAUUUAUCGGCUGCCAUGAUGAAUUUCUCUACGCAGUCAACUUGUCAAAUGAACAGCAAGGUGUCUUAGAGUGGAAAUGUCGGUUUCCAUCAAUGAUCUAUGCUUCGCCGUUCGUGUUCGAUCAUGGCCGAAUGCUGAUUGUUGGCUCAACAAACGGAUGUCUACGUGCAUUGAGUAGUCAAACAGGUGAAAUUUUAUGUGAAAUAUACAUUCCCGGUGAAGGACUUUUUUCUUCACCAAUUUGUUAUCGUGAUCAUGUUAUUGAUUUGUUACCGAAGAAAACAAAAUUUGUGUUCGGAGCGACUAACAAACAACAUGCGGACAAACAUAGUUUUCAAUACAAACCGAAACAGCUUGAGGCAACGUUGCCUAGUCCUGAAAAACAAAUGUACCGUGAAGAACUUCAAUUUCAUAUGCGUUCAUACAGUCUUCUGGGAAAGGAAAACCCUAAACUGUGCGAUGCUCCAUUACGAUCAAAACGUCAAUCCAGCUCGUUAAAUGUACCUAGACGUCAAAUUCGAUUAAGAUCGUCGCUGAAGCUUUCCCGAGAUGAACGAGAUCAUUUAAUUGGCAAUACAGCAGAUAUUUUCGCAUCGAUGGUCAAAUCACGACGUUCCUUAAUCUUUCAUUUUAGUCAACGGUCGGAUAUUGUUGAUACGAAAACUGUAUCAAAACAAAGCAAAAAUUCCUCGAACAAAUUCUUUCUCAUCAAAUCUCAUUUUCCUCUUCUAAUCAAAGACACACAACUGUCCACUGAUAAGCAAAGGUCUUCAAUGUGA